GCGUCUCGUCCCAGGCAGCGAGCGAGCGAGGGAGCAAGAGCGCGCUGGCGAUCUUGAACUCGUGCAGCGAAUGCGAGGAGCUCGAAGCUCGGAACUCGGAACUCGGAACUCGGAGGUUGAGCGAGCAUCAGGUGAGGGGAGGGCGUGCGGAGGUGCAAUGGUGUUGGGGCUCGGGGCUUGCUUGCUUGCAUGCUUCAUUGCUUCGAGAGUGGAGAGGUGCAUUGGUUGUGCGAGUGGGCAAUGCGGGGCUUUUGGUCGAUACGAGGGCCGGAGAGCGUGGAUGAAGGCUGUGGGAAUGGAUUAGGGAGGGAGGAGGUCUGGAGAGGCCAGGAAUUGAGAUUGGACGUCGAUUCCACAAUUUGCUGCGCGUGCAUCGCAGGGGUUAGAUAGUUUUCCGGGGCUUUGAAUGUUUCUUCUUUCUAUUCUUUGCCAUUCAGGUUCGGAGGUAUAUGUGGCACGCCUCGGGGGUGAGUACUGUUGUUGUCGUUGUCGUGAUUCAGCGCCUACCGAGGAAGCUAACGGAGCUGGGCGGAGAUCGGGAGCCGAAACGAGCGGCAGCAGGGGAAGGAGUUUGAGUUUCGGGAAGCUGAGGAUGAUCCGUCCGUUGGACGAAGAGGAGGAGGAGGAGCUGAUGCGCUGUGGGCAGUUUAAGCUGCUGCCUUGAGUACUGUUGCGCGAUUUGGCUGUGAGAUCCUUGGCAUUCGCCCGCCAGCGCGAGGAUUCCUCGCAGGCGUCCUGCGGCCGCGUGCGCUUGAGUGUUCAGCCCAGUCGACUUCGAUGGUCGAUUAUGCAAUCCUCAUCUUAUCGUAGACGGGUAAUGUUCAAGUGUUCGUGUUCCCGCUGAAGCUGAUGGGAAUGGUUUGAGGGCCCUUAAUCUUUCGCGAAAGCUGGCAAAAUGACGCGUGCUUCUGAUGUCGAAUUGCUUCAACGUUAUCGACGGGAUCGGCGAGAGCUCCUCUCAUUUCUCCUUUCUUCAGAUGUACUGAAGAGGGUUGUGAUGCCUCCAGGGGCAGUAUCAAUUGAGGAUCUUGGCCUCGACGAAAUCAGUGUUGAUUAUAUUUUGGAUUGUGCCCGAAAAGGUGCGGUUUUGGAGCUUGGAAAAGCUAUCGAGAAGUAUCAUGAUGAAAUCAAUCUCCCUCCAGCGCAUGGCAAAGGCUUGGGCGAGGUAUAUUUUCUGGUUACGCACCCGGAGUUCUCUGGGCCUCCUCCUACACGUUCGCCUCCUCCGAUUGCAAUCCCUCUCUCUCCAGGAAAACUCACGAAGAAUUUCAGCAUACGGUCUAACAUCUCUCAUCCAGCGUCGAUUGGCGAGGAUGAUGAAUAUGACGACGCAGAUGACGAUGAGGAGCUGUCAACCGAAAUCGCCAGACGUCAGCUUCUGAAUACAACUGACCUUGUCCUGCCGUUGCCACCGUUGGUUACUGGAUUGACCGAUGAUGACCUUCGAGAAACAGCCUAUGAAGUUCUACUUACAUCCGUUGGUGCGGCUGGGGGCCUUAUUUCACCGGCGAAGGAGAAAAAAGAGAAGAAGAAGUCAAGAUUAACAAAAACCUUCUCGAGAUCGAAGACGGACAAGACCGUACCUCAGCCACCCAGGGCUACAGGACUAGCUGGUCUAAUGGACACGAUGAGGACACAGAUGGAGAUCUCGGUGGCUGAUGAUCGGCGUACAAGGGAAGCAUUGUUGACUGCAUCAUCAACUAGGGGCGGCAGAAGAAUGGAUUCUAUGCUGUUGCCUUUGGAGCUUCUUUGUGCUGUUCCCACAUCUCAAUUUCUUGAUCGGAAAUUCCAUUCUCGGUGGCGAAAACGACAGAUAAGUCUUAUCGAGGAAGGUCUCUUGCAUCAUCCUUAUGUACCCUUGUCUCCUAGCGAUCGCACAUCUGCGGAAUUAAGAGUCCUGAUCAAUAAGCUCGAAGAGGCAGAGACUCUACCGUCACCAGCUGGACCAGCUCAGCAUGCAGAAGCGUUAAGAUCGUUGAGGGGAGUAGGUCUUGCUCUUGCUGAAAGAGUGGGAAGAGGUGACCAUACGGGAGAGGUUUGCCACUGGGCAGACGGUUACCAUUUGAACGUUCGCCUUUAUGCAAAGUUACUCGGGAGUGUCUUUGACGUUUUGGAUGAAGGACAGCUUGUUGAGGAAGUAGAGGAGAUUCUGGAACUGCUGAAAUCAACAUGGCGAGUCUUGGGAAUCACCCAAACAGUUCACGACACCUGCUAUACAUGGGUUCUGUUCAGACAGUACAUCAUGACAGGUGAAGAAGCCCUGUUGCAGCAUGCAACUCAGCAGAUGAAGAAGAUAGCCUCUGAUGCCCAGCGCAGUGCACAAGAAAGAGCUUACAUGAGGAGCCUGAGAUGCACUGUAGAAGAUGGCGACACCCACAAAGAGAUGUCUUAUGUUCAAUCUGUUCUUGUUCCCAUUAAACAAUGGGCAGACAAACAACUGGAAGACUAUCACUCAAAAUUUGGUGAUGACGCGAAGAAGAUGGAGGCUAUAGUUACCGUAGCGAUGGUGUCCGGUCGCUUGAUUGCAGAUGAACAAGAACAGUCUGGGGCGAUCAGGAAUUCUGGAGAAACCACAGCUGUUGCCAAGCAGGCAGAAGGCUAUAUACACUCAUCGCUAAAAUUGGUCUAUGAAAGGAUUGUGGAGAAAUUAGACUCGAGGACCGAAGCCGAGGAGGAAUUGGAGCAUCCCUUGGCUUCUCUGGCUGAAAGUAUAGAGGACGUAGCCAGGAAAGAGGCGUCUGUAUUUGCUCCAAUAUUAUCAAAAUGGCACCCUCAUGCAAUUGCAAUCGCUGCUUCCCUAUUGCAUGGCCUUUAUCAAAAGGAAUUGAAACCAUUUCUUGAUGGAGUCUCUCACUUGUCAGAAGACGUUGCAUCAGUUCUUCCAGCAGCUGAUAGUCUAGAACAGUAUCUUCUAGAUCUUAUCGGGACAGUUUCGGAGGAGGGUGAGGACAAUGUGUAUGAACAGCAGCUUGUUCGUUACCAGGUGGAAGUGGUAUCAGGAACAUUAGUAAUGCGCUGGGUCAACACCCAGCUGGGUAGCGUGACUGAGUGGGUCGACCGGACUAUUCAGCAAGAGAGGUGGGAGCCAGUCUCAACAAAUCAACAAUUCUCAGGAUCUGUGGUAGAGGUUUUCCGUAUUAUUGACGAGACUACUGAUCAGUUCUUCAACUUGAAACUUCCAAUGAGGCUUCCGGUUCUGAAAGCCUUGACGAAUGGGUUCGACAGCGCUCUUGUAGGUUAUACCAACAAGAUUUUGGUGGAGCUGGGCGACAAAGGGGAUUUGAUACCUCCAGCACCAAGUUUGACUCGUUACAAGAAAGACAUGUCUAUUAAGGCCCAGUCGAAAAAGAAAGUGGCAGACCCUCGGCUACCUGAUGAGCGGCGCUCAACGGAGAUCAAUUUUCUCACUACUGUCCGGUUAUGCGUCCGACUUAACACUCUACAUCACAUCCUAGUCCUAGUGGAUGCUUUGGAAGAUCAUAUUCGAGAACGAUGGGCUCGUAAAAGGCCACGAGAUGACGUACUUCGGAGCAAUGGAACAGUGCCAAAGCGCAAAGCGAAUGAUGGAGAAACGAAACUGAAACGUCCGCCCGGAAGCAAGCCAUUGGACGAGCUUUCAGCUUUUGAUGGGACAAGAAAAGCAGUCAACGUAUCUAUUGAUAAGAUAUGCGAUUUUACAGGAACAAAAAUUGUAUUCUGGGAUCUCCGAGAAGUGUUGAUAGACGGUUUGUAUAAAGGAAGUGUCUCUCAAUCUCGUAUGGAGAAAGUGAUUAGUGUACUUGAUCCGGUUCUUGGUCAGUUGUGUGAUACUAUAGAUCCGGCUUUAAGAGAUCGUAUUGUUCUUGGUCUCCUACAAGCGUCCCUGGAAGGUCUGUUGCGUGUACUGUUGGAUGGAGGUCCAACGCGCGUAUUUGCUGACACUGACAGUGACAUGCUCGAGGAAGAUCUUAGUUCACUGAAGGAGUUUUUCAUAGCGGACGGCGAUGGCCUUCCGAGGGGAGUUGUAGAGAAUGCUGCGGCCCCUGUUCAACAAAUUUUGAAUCUGUACAGUCUCGAGACCAGCAUAGUGAUCGAUAGCUUUAAGCGAGCAAGUGAGCAAAUGGCUUCGGGAGGUAGCGUGCAAAGAAGUGGGCCACGAAUCGCCACAGACGCCGACACACUUCUCCGGGUACUCUGCCAUCGGUUGGACCGAGAGGCAUCGAAGUUUCUGAAGAAACAGUACAAGCUUCCCAAAGUCUAAGGAUGGUGAUUCGCCCUGAUCGGAGGCCAGCUUAAACCGCCUGUUCUCAAUAUCUAGUUGUCGAGUAGAGUAGAGUCUUUGUGUCUUAGGCUUCCUCGUGCUCUAUUGAGCACGCUUGAGUAUGUGACACUAGAAUUUUGUAUGGUAUGUACAAAUUUGACCCUAUCAUGACAUAAAUUCAAAGUCAUUGUGCAAAAG